UCCGGCUUACGCAUUCGGAUUUGUUUUGUGUUUUACCCACAUUUGCCAAUGUCUGUGUUGUGAAAAAAUGAAGAUUAUGGCCGAACAUGAAUACUUUACUAUCGGCAGUAUAAUAACUUGCACAACAUGUUAUCAGCAAAAAGUUCAGGGGGAAGUCCUGGCUUUCGAUCUCCAGACCAAAAUGCUCGCCAUCAAAUGUACCCCAGCCAGUGGCAAGCACAGUGUUCAUGAUGUUAAGCUGUUUAAUCUGGCCUAUGUCAGUGAUGUACAGGUCAUCAAAGAGGCAGACAAGGACACAUCACCACCACCCGUAUCAACCUUGAAUCUUGGCAAGAUCAGCAACAGGUUACGUUCAAAUAUUGAAGAGAAAAAAACGGCAAGUCAAUUACAUUGGAGUAGGAGUCUCUCCAGAGGGCCAGCAGUUGUUCAAUACAAUUGUUUAAACAAUCACAGACAGUCGGUGGGUUGGAGUUAUAUUGUUGUGAUGGAUGAAGUAACUAUACGACCACCUUACAACUUGGAGAGUUGCCAUGGAAAGGAAGGAAGCAAGGCUCUGGACCAUGUGAAAAAGAUUGUCCAGAAAUUCAUUCGGGAGUAUGGGCAACAGAAAGCAGGUGAAACUCGAAAGUCACACUCACCGUCUCCCGCGGCGACCAUGUAAUCAUCAGACACGGCAUCUCAGCAUUUUCACAGAUUUAGAGCGUACUGUUUAUGUUCAACAUUUGUAAAAUGAUGGCUAUAUCUUAUACUGGUAUUUCCUUCCAAGUCAGUUUGCUGACAUUUGAAUAUCUUACGUUGUCCAAUGAUGUUGUUUUGUAGCUGGUUAACUUACUUGUUACUUUGUGUCACUCUUGUCAAAAGCCAAAAAGCCAGCUGAAUUUAAUGUUCACUUUAUAUUUAAUGUGUUAGAUUUUUGUUGGAACAAACUGUCUGAUACAACACUGUUAACAAGUAAGAAGUGGAAAGAUGGAUAAAAGUACAUAUGAUGUGUGUGAAGAGAUGAGAUUAGGUACGAGUACAUGAAUUUAUGUCAUUUACUCUUUGAUAAAAAUUUUAAAGUCAAAAUACAAUUAUGAAGUGUAAAAAUGCAAUACAUGUAUUCACAGGUCACCAAAACAAACAAGUAAGACAAAUCCUAUUAUUACAUAAAAGCUUUAAAUGUAGCACACUAUUAACAUAUUAUUAAACGAAUAAACAUCAUUUAGUACCAAAAAGUGCCACAGUCUGUAUUCUAUUUUUAACCAGGUUUUCCGAAGGAAAAAACUGGUUAUUAGAUUGGCGAUAGGGCGGGCUGGCUGGCGGGCUGGCGGGCUGGCGGAAUAAGCUUGUCCGGGCCAAACUAUGUCGUUCAUUGUCAGAUUUUAAAAUCAUUUGGCACAUUUGUUCACCAUCAUUGGACGGUGUGUCGCGCGAAAUAAUUACGUCGAUAUCUCCAAGGUCAAGGUCACACUUUGAGUUCAAAGGUCAAAAAUGGCCAUAAAUGAGCUUGUCCGAGCCAUAACUAUGUCGUUCAUCGUCAGAUUUUAAAAUCAUUUGGCACAUUUGUUCACCAUCAUUGGACGGUGUGUCGCGCGAAAUAAUUACGUCGAUAUCUCCAAGGUCAAGGUCACACUUUGAGUUCAAAGGUCAAAAAUGGCCAUAAAUGAGCUUGUCCUGGCCAUAACUAUGUCAUUCAUUGUGAGAUUUUAAAAUCAUUUGGCACAUUUGUUCACCAUCAUGGGACGGUGUGUCCCACGAAAGAAUCACGUCAAUAUCUCCAAUGUCAAGGUCGCCACGACUAAAAAUAGAUAUAAAAAAAAAAACAAAAAAUUACAAAGGGGGUAAAUUUUUUUUGGUCAUUUCAAAAGUUCAGUUUGAGUUUUCUCCCUUUAUCAGAUUUUUUUUUCACAAUGAAAACCUGGUUUUGUGACAAUUUUGUCCCUUGUUAAUACUUAACCCAACGGUAGCAAUUCUAAAGAAACACCUGACUGGCAUUUUUGUUUAAUAUUUAGACAUUCAGCUCACCUGAGGAGUAUGUGCUCAUGGUGAGCGAAUGUGGUCGCUACGUCAGGUUUCAGCUGUCGUGUGUUGUGCAUCAUAAACGUUUAGCUUGAUAACACUCUUAAGACUAUAUUUAUCCUCCAGUCAUGGUCAGGAUGUUUAUCUUUA